AUGCAGUUCCAUACCUGGUGUUACAUGCGGUACAACCACUCCUCGUCUUUUUCGGCUUCGAGUGUUACAAGAAACAUGACCCAUCUAUCUCAUCUUCUUCUCAAGUAUUGCAAUAGUUGCCACUACAAGUUUCCUUGCCUUGCUACAAAGAAAAUGGAUGGAGGCAGCUCAAGUAUUGCAAUAGUUGCCACUACAAGUUUCCUUGCCUUGCUACAAAGAAAAUGGAUGGAGGCAGGUGAUGUUAGUUUAUAUACAUCUAUAAAAUUCUACAAUGUUUUGGCUUUAAGAUCUUCUUUACUCUUCUCCCUGUCAUUUUCCUUCUCUUUUCUACCCUCCUUCCUUAAACCAAACAACUAUCACAGUCUAACCGAUUAUCAUUGGUGCCAAAGUACGAGAGACGAUACAUGGCAUAGGAUUCGACAAGACUUAAUUUCAAGUCAAGCUCCUGCGAUGCACUUCUCAAUUUGUCAGCGAGCAGUUGUUAGACCUGUUUUCGGAAGUAUCAUCUGUGGCACUGUCGAGUGGUGGAGAUCGAAGAACAUGGGAGGAUUUUGGAUAAUGGAGGUGAAGAAACUUGGAAGGAGGUACAGUAAGUUGCUGGAGGUGAUAGAAGAACAUUGCAUACUUGUUAAAUUCAUUGAAGUAUUUGCUAUUCAUUUAUGA